AUGUUGGACAUGUUGAAUGAAACCUUCAACAAAGAGGAAGACAGCUCCAAGUCAAUUUCGACUAUUGAAAAACAACUAGAAUGUAUAUCAAAGCAGCUAAAUCAACAACCUUCAGACAAUCUUUCAGACACUACACAAGUGAGUGAGGUAACUUUUCUAUCUAGUGAUAACAUUGUGCAUAAACCUACAUCACCCAAAAUUAAGGUUGUGGUAAAGGAUUAUGUAUUAUUGGAUGAUAAGGAUACCAAAAUGAUAUUUGAAAUCAAAGAAGUUGUAGUUGAAUUGGAAAAGUCUAAUGUAGAGUUUCAUGAUUUGGAAACAUCCAAAGUUGGGGAGGGGUCUGUGGAGGCUAAUACCACCCCUUACCCAACAAGUGAAGAAAACCUUAUGGAACAAAAAUCAUGA